AAAUGACUACUGAAAUUAGGUUUUGAGGUGGGUGUCAUUUAGAUGUCCACUGAAAUCACCUCAAUCAUCGUUUAGUUUCAAACCUGAACUCUCGGUUCUCUUUCGUUAUGGCGCUUUUAGUUUGCUUCAUUUUAGGGUUUUGCUGCUGAAGAAUUAUAUACAGAGAAGCAUGAAAAAUGGUGCAUGAUAUGUGUCCAUAUGAACAUUGUUCAUACUAUUAAAGCUGCGUAUGCAGAGCUCAAGUAUUUUCUAGUGGAGAGAAACACUUCGCAAAGUUCUCAUUACUCUCGCUUUGCUCGAAUCUUCACCGAUGCAGAUGCAUGCCCUGAAUAGGGUUUAUUCCGCCUUCAAAUCUCCCCCUCAUAGAUGGCUUACAUGGCGGCAGUCUUGCUCGGGACUUUUUGUUGGAGGGCUUUCUUAUGAUACCAAUGAAAGUGUUUUGAAGGGUGCGUUUGAGGAAUAUGGUGAAGUAAUUGAAGCAGUUAAGGUGAUAUGUGACCGUGUAAGUGGGAAAUCAAGAGGAUAUGGAUUUGUGCAUUACUCUUCUGAGAUGGCGGCAAACAAAGCCUUAAAGGAAAUGGAUGGUCGGUUGCUGGACGGCAGAAAUAUCCACAUUCAUUAUGCUUAUAGAAGGGAACGGCAAGGCAGUCAGGGUAAAGCAACUUCCGGAAAUGAGAAAUGAGGUUGAUGGGAAGCUGAAGAGAUGAGAGGGAACUUUCAGGAUUUACCAUAGAUGCAGACCAUAUUCAGAUCACUGCCAGACAUUCGUUUGUUGGACAAACGCAUCAACAGUUACAGAAUUAACGUCUUUCCUAUAUCUAUAAUCCCUCUCCGCUUCCACUUUUGGCUUUCAUCUAAUGAAGAUUGCGAAGAAGAUUUAAUCUGUGUAGUCGGUCUUGUAGAACAUACUUGCUUCACAAUUGUCCUUUGUCUUUGGCUCUGUGUAAACUAGUAUGCAGAUUAAACACUGAAAUGGUUGGAGUUGUUUCAUUCUCAUCGCUCUAUCUUCAGCACUAUCAACCAGCAUUGUGCCGCUUCACUAUUUGGCUAUUCAGUGGCAGUCUGCAUCAGUGUAUUUAUGCAUGAGUUGAAUAUGAGCAGGACUUGUUUAUGCAUUGAAAUGUUAUGCAGUAAGCUGAGCCCCAAGAAUGCAGGUAUGUAUAGAGCAUAGACAGAUCAGAUCAUCUCAGGGUGGAUAGGGAUUGUUUUAAAUACUUUCCUCUCAUUCAAGUGUCAUCAGAGUUUUUCUUGCAGAAAAAUUUGCAAUUCUAAAUCUUGUACUAGCUUGCCAAUGAGGCCUUAUUCAAUUAGUAUGGUUGAUACCUCACAACCUUAAAUUCCACGAUUAUUUGUUUCGUUUAAACAUAUUUAAGUAUUAUGUAAUA